ACCAAAUCGAUGAUGCCAAAAAAAAGGUACUGCUGCCUUAUAGAGGGCGCUCGUUCCAGCCCAGAAAAGUAGCGUUUGCGGCGUCCUCCGGUCACAGCCAAGAUGCCAAGAAGUCGGACAAGGAGUAGAAGUAGGAGUGGAGGGAGGGGUGAUAGGAGAAGCCGAGGGAGAGACAAGAAGAGAAGAAGCAAAUCAGUAUCAAGUAGAAGUUCAUCUGGUUCAGACAGUAGUUCAGGAAGUUCCAGCAGGUCAAGGAGCCGUUCAAGCUCCUCAGGGAGCAGUUCAGGCAGCUCCCGAUCACGAUCCAGGUCAUCAAGAUCCAGCAGUAGGUCCAGCUCCGGUAGUUCCAGUGGGUCAGGGAGUGAUUCGGGUAGUGCUUCAGGGAGCAGCCGUAGUAGGAGCAGGAGCCAAAGCAGAAGCAGGAGCAGAAGUAAAAGCAAAGGAAGAAGUAGAAGCAGAAGUGUCACCAAAGUAAAGGGAGGAGGUGGAGACAAGGAUGGGAAAGCAGGAGGUGCAAUAGAGAAGGAGACAUCCAGAAAGUUUGAUGAUAGAAAAGAGAAGGAAUCAAAGGAAAGAGCUAGACCAAGGAGAAGUAGAACAAGGUCAAGAACACCCCCUCGUCGCAAGCGAUCGCCCUCUCCCAAGUCAUCCCGGCUUCAUGUUGGAAAGCUGACACGUAACGUCAACAAGGAUCACCUGAUGGAGAUCUUCUCAAUCUAUGGUGCCGUUAAGAGCAUUGACAUUCCUCCUGAUCGGACCCAUCCACAUGUGUCCCGUGGCUUCGCCUACAUCGAUUUCAUGUCAUCCAAUGAUGCAGAGAAGGCUCUCAAACAUAUGGAUGGAGGUCAGAUCGAUGGUCAAGAAAUCACUGCUGCCUUCGUAUUAGCUCCAGUUUCCCGUCCCAGACCCCUUCCACUACCAAGACGUAGCCCACCCAGGAGAGGAGGCGGAUGGAGACGAUCACCUCCCCCAAGAUUUAGGGACAGAAGAAGGUCACCACCAAGGAGAAGGUCACCCAUUAGAUCCAGGUCCAGAUCUAGAUCAAGGUCCAGGUCACCAGCUAGACGUCGUAGAUACAGCCGAUCAAGCUCCAGUUCCUCAAGAUAAUCCAUUAGUUUCCUAGUCCUGUGAUACCGCUUUGAUGUGUACAGCUUGCACGGAUCGAGAUAAGCUCAUUCUGCACCAGUCGGACCCUGAUCAUUAUUGUUGAUCAGGCUGCAGUUCCUAAAGAUAAUCCAUCAGCAUAUCUUUGUCCUGUGAUGCCACUUUCAAUUCAUACAGCCCUCAAAGAUCUGGGGUAGCUUGUUUUGCACAUCUGCGAGCCUGAUGAUAGCUGUUCAAGCUCCAAUUCUUUUAUGUUUCCUAGUUGGCAUACAGAUCUGGUGGGUGUUUCAUAAAGCUUUUCGUAAGUUAAGAGCGACUUUAAGAAUGACUGGUGAUCCUUUCUUGUGGUAAAUGGCUCACAGCAAAAUGUUCAUUGGUGAUGGUUUAGAGCGUAAAAAGGAUCACCAGUCGUUCUUAAAGUCACUCUUACGAACAGCUUUAUGAAACCGCCCCCAAGGUAUAGAUGGAGUCUGGAGUGUAGGUUUGUUGGGCUUUCGUCCAUUACAAGUUUAAGCGUGAAAAUGGUUUUCAUAUUUUAUGUAAUGUAUGUUAUUGAAAUAUUCUGAAAAUGCUGUAUAAGAAAUAACCUUUCUUACACUUCCAAAACUUCAAAUUGAUUCUAAUAUUGGGAAGACAUGGGGCCUGGUUGAUGAAGAACUUUAAUUCAUGGAAACUUUUCCAUUGUAAUAAUUGCUAUGGUAACGGGACAGAGCAGCCAAUCAGCUUUCCACUGUGGUUACCCAAGCUUUAGUUACUGCUUUAUGAAAGAUGAUCAGUCGAAAGUGCUAUAAGAAGUCCCUUACGAGUAAAAAAAAAUGAAAGCAACGGAAAUCACAUUGACCUUAUUAAAUCAUUUAGGAUGUACUAUUUUUGUUUCAUUAUGUAAGAUUGCAGUUAGCAAGAUAAUCAUCAUGGCUAACAGUUUCAUUUAAACAGCACACACUCCAGUAAUCUCAAUUACGAAGUUAAGAGAUUAGGAAGCCUGUUCAUGUUGUGAAAUCUGAUUUGCUCCAGUAUGAUUAUAUGUAAAUUCCUAUCUGGUUGUAUUUCAUCUAGGAUUGUUAUGUUUGUAUUUCUUUGUUGUGAGAAGGGAUAGUGAUGGUUUAGCAUUUUGUAAAUAGUAACAAUAGUUUUCAUUACAAUACAAGUAUGUACACAUUUCAUUUGUAUGCCCUUGAUAUAAUGUAGAAUUAUUGUCUGCAUUAUCAAAAGAUGAAUGGACGUUAACAAGAUAAUAUGCUUUAUGUUGGUAUUGCUUUGAAUUGAUCCUACAUCAAGAGCAGACUUCUUUAAUUCCAAUAUUUUACAACAAAAUUAUUUCCAUGGUAACAGUCAAAGACCAUGCUUUUACCAUGCACAGUGGAUCAGUGCUUAGUUACCAUGAUGGUCAAUAUUCAUUUUUAGAAGCCUCUAUGAAUUGUACUUGCAAAAUAUAGGCAAGUUGGAAUGUAGUGUUUCUUGCAUUGCCUGCUUAUUUUUAUACUGAACUGCAGAUGCAUGUACUGACCUCACAAUUUGUGAAGGACAUAAAAACAAUUAGUACUAAAUAUUGAUAAAGGUAUAGUCAAGAAUCCCACGACUUGAAGCACCUCAAUUUGAUUACAUAUUUUGUAUACCGGGGUAAUUAUAGAAGACCCAAAAUUACAAUUGGCCCCGAAAGUGAAGUUUCAUUCUUCAUUCAUUAUUCAUUGAAGGACGUCCGUUGGUCAACACAUAUUUUCAAUCAUUAUUGAGCCUUACCCAAACACAUACAAAAAUACCUUUUGUCUGUAAGUGAAUAUUUGUACUUCAUUGUAAUUUGUGUAAUUCUUUUGUAGUUGUAAUGCGAACUGUUUGACAAUAAAAUGUACAUUGUAUUUUAAAAAA